CAUGUGCCAUGCGGAAGCGGCGCCCUACCAAAAAUGGCAAAAAAAAUAAAAUAAAAAUAAAAAAGAAAUAGUAGCCAAUGUCCAAGUCCAGCUCCUCCAGCAGCAGCAAAAAGCCAAACACGCAAGAUUUAUGCGCUGGCAGCGACCAAUUGCCAGUGGAGCCGAAAUUAUUGAGGAAUUUGCGCAAAAAGCGGUAGAAAGAAAACAAAAACCAAAAAAAACGAAAAAAAAAUUCAUUAGAUUUCUGGCUUGGCACAUUUCACUUUCGCGGCCAAUUACAUCACCCGCAGAUAGACGCAGAAGUUGAGCCACAAAUUUGUCGCCCCACCGACAUAUGCUCAGUGGGAGCACAAGGUAAAGGGAUCGAAGCAAAUAAACAUAAUCUUAAUAUAUGCAAUGCUUCAAAUGUGGAACAGUCACAAAUUAUAAUUAGCUUAAGCUGUGCGCGUUCACAGGUCGAAAGUUGAAAUUCUGCGGACUGUUCUGCCAGUUGCUCAGCGAAAGUCGCGCGACGAGGAUUGACUAUGCUUGGAAGUGGACUACUUGGCAUUUGUGUGCUGCUCUUGCGGCUGCUUGGCGGCACAGCUCAGCAUUACACCGACUGGGGCACACACUUUCUGGACAUGUCAUACGGCCGGGCAACACCAGCCAGCCCGGGCAACAUCUCCAGCAAUCCGCACAUCAAUGCCAUUGAGCAUCAGGAGGAGCCGCCGACGCGCAUUGUCAACGGCAUACGCAUACCCUGCGAACGGGCACCCUAUCAGGUGGCGCUGCGCUACGAGGGUCAGUUCGUUUGCGGCGGCAGCAUAUUGUCCCGCUAUUGGGUGCUCACGGCCGCCCACUGUGUCGUCGGCUACAGGGGCAACUAUCGGGUGCGUGUGGGCUCCGCGCUGCAGCCAAGCGGCGGCCAGCUGCAUCGGGUGCUGUUUGCUGUGCCCCAUCGCGGCUACAACAAGAAGACCAUGCAGAACGAUCUGGCGCUGUUACGCCUGGCCACGCCCCUGCGCUAUGGGCGCUGCGUGCAGCCGGCGCGCCUGCCCAGCAGCAGUCGGGAAAAGCAGUCGCCCUCGCCGCGCUGCUACAUGGUCAGCGGCUGGGGCUUGCGCAAGGCGUCGGCACAGAAUGUCCAGCGGCAUCUGCGCGCCACCGUCGUGUGCAGGGUAUCAGCCGGUCGGUGUCGCGGCAUGUACAAAAAGGGCGGCGUGCGCAUCUACAACCAAAUGCUGUGCGCCCAGCGUCUGGGCCACGACAGCUGCUCCGGCGACUCGGGCGGACCGCUGGCAUUUGGACGCACGCUCUACGGCGUCGUCUCCUUUGGCAUUGGCUGCGCCAACAAAAACUAUCCGGGCGUCUACGUAAAUGUCAGGCGAUUCAGAGGCUGGAUACGCUAUGUCACCAAGAGCUUCUCUUAAGAUUUGAGUACGUUUGAACAGGAAAAAUAAAAUACGCUUUUGCAAAACUCAAAAAUGAUUUUCAAUUUAGAGAUGACUCGAAUA